UUAAUGUUAAAUAUAUUUUUCGGGGACACGCCAAAAUCUAAAAAUAAAUUCUUAUAGGGGGUCCCUAAUGACUUUUAGGGGGUCCGGUACCCCCUAUAAGUCAUUAGGGACCCCCUAAAAGUCAUUAGGGACCCCUUAAAAAUAUUUUUCGGGGACCCCCCAAAAUCUAAAAAUAAAUUCUUUUAGGGGGUCCCUAAUGACUUAUAGGGGGUUCGGGACCCCCCUAGUCCCCCCUUAUUUCGAACCCUGUCGGUAUCCAAUAGUAUAAAUUACCCUGAAGUAUCACUGGUUGUCUCAGGUUCGAGCCAAUCCUUCACUGUGGCAAAGAGACCGAACAAAUCUGUUUAUUAACGUAAAGAACAAGGUUUAUUCAUAUGAGGGUUGUUAAACAAACUCGCUCAGACUCAACGAGCAGCUCGUGCUGUGUCCUAUCAAAUCACGUGACGCAAGAGUAAGAAAGGGUCAUCAUCACCUGCAAUGACUCGGCUCCUCAAAUGUGUCUCUCUCUUGUGCCUUGUCCGCUUUCAUCUUGUAGAAUGUGGUUCGAUAUUUGCUGUCAAUGGAGAUCCGUUUGAGUUCCCCGCAUUUAAAGAACGCGAGUUAAAAAGAUGCGAGCUGAUCCGUCUGCGGGGACAUGGCAGCGUCCAUUUGGUCGCUACGUGGGACGACCGGUGGACACCGGGACCUGACUACCGAGACCGGAUGACUGCAAACGGGACCGUCAUCUUUAACGGUGCAAACCUCAACGACGAAGGACUCUACGAGCUCACCUGCGGCACCGACACCCACCGUUUCCACGUGCACGUUUUUGAAAGCACCACGUACACGGUGACUGAGGGAGACUCGGUCCCCUUCGAGUGCUACGCAAAGACGGAGGGGGAACUCGGGCACUUCACGGUGCAACGAGACCGAGAGCCUGUGUUGGGGCUGGACUACCGGUCCGGGAACCAGAGCCCGGGGGCCGGGUUCCAGGGCAGAGUGUCCGUCCCCCCUCAGUGGAAAACAACGGGGAACCUGACGAUGACGCUGAAGGGGGCGACGACUGGAGAUGAAGGUGUUUACUGGUUCUACGUCCAACAUGAAGACAAAUCGGGACUGAAGGAGAAACUCUGUGCCGUGAGGCUGAAAGUCAACAAGCGCGUCCCGGAUCCGACCCCCAGCGGCCCCCCAACUUCUAGUCCCACUGAGCAGAACGGGGAGACGCGGUGGAAAGCUGCCACUGUGGUCCUGGCUGUGGUCCUGAUUGUGGUCCUGACUGUCCUGGUUGGAGGCUUCUUUUUGUACCGCAAACACCACAUACCCCGCAGACCACAGGCCUCACCUGGAUCCCCAGAUGAGGUGAUUUCUCUCCAACCUCGAGCUAAUGGAGGGACCCUCGUGGGUUAACGCCGAUGGUUAUGGGUGCUUUUGUUAAAGCAAUAAGGUACAAUAAGGUACGAGAGCCUGUACUUUAUCGUCCAAUAACAGUUAAAUGAUGUAGUUACAUUAUUGAAGAUAAAGUACUGCCUCAAGUGCUUUUAUAACACAAAAAUUAAAAAAAAAUGUAUAAAUAGUAAGUAAAUGGUUGCCUUUCAGCACAAACAAUUGCAGCCACAUAACGUUGUGUGUCACGUGUCAUCGGUCUAGAGACAACUCGUCCCCGUACGUGCACGUAAACAGCAUCGGGUCCCUCACCACCUCACAUUCAAUGAACCUCUCAGGCGGGCCUGAGGAGGCCGGUUAACCAACAUCGUUGCUGCAUUUAAAGCACCGUUUAUUUGAAAUUCCCGUUCUUGUAUUUCACGAAGUCAGUUUUUCUGUGCCUUCCUUUGUUAAAUUAUGUUUCAAUAAAGAAAGAAAUGCUUAAAUGAAGCCUGAUGUUUCCUUAAAAUAGAAGAUCUGUCAUUUGAGCAUGAGGUUUGGUGCCCAAAUGUCAUUAUCAAACAAGUAACAGUUAAAUAUGAAUCCGCUGAUUCAACAAUGUAAACAGAUGUAUACUGUUAUACAAACGGGCUGUAGAGGAAAUACACAUUAAAGCAGUUCAAUCAAAGGGAUUUGUUAAGCGGUGCCGAGACACAAACGAUCCACCAAACACACACAUAACUGAUAAGUGAACAAAUACAAAUAAAAAACCAAUACAUAAAGCAACUUCCUGUUCACAUUCUUCUGGCCUAUAUAGGCUAAAAGAACCUUAUUUCCCAAACAGCAUCAAAAAGCCCAGAAUAGAAUAAAGUGACAAGGCCGAUAUUGUUAGGAAUAAAAUCCAUCAAUGUUAACCUUUUUAAUGUUACAAUGAGAUGAGUUUGAGGCAGAAAUAUAUUAUAUCUGAGGACAUUUUAAUUAAUUAAGAGAGAGAUUAUUAAU